AUGAAGGCGCUACCGGCAACAAGUUUGGGCGAUUUGCGGAAAACGGUUGGAAAGGCGACGAUAGCGAAAUUUUCAAGGAUAGGUAUGACAGAGACCGGUGAGAUUCCCAUAAAAGAUCACCAACGCGUGAGCGAGGAGUGUGGACCAGAUGGCGAGUAUUGGAAGGACGCGUCGAACUCUCGGAAAGGUGCAGGCGUUUCUAAUGUUGUGCGUCAGACAUGGGACCGCGCACAUUAUGAGAAACUUGCCCAGUUACGUGCCGAGGGAGGAGUGGAGAAGGAGACGACAAAGAAGGUGAUUCAUUCAUCAAAAGAAGAGUUUCAGACAGCUGAUGAAAGUGCUGCGGGGCCUGCUGGCUCAGCGCGCGCCUUUUUGAAGGCACGCACGGCGAAAAUGUCAUUAGAGACUAGUGUGGGCACUGUGAAAGUCGUCAAGUCCGAUGAGUUGAGCAAAAACAGUGGCUACUAUUGCGAAGUCUGUGAAUGCAGUUUGAAAGAUUCAGUUGCGUAUUUAGACCAUAUAAACGGCAAAAAGCAUCUUCGAAAACUCGGCUAUAGCAUGCGAGUAGAGCGGUCUACAGUUGAUCAAGUGAAAGAUCGACUACAAAGUGCAGCUAAGCGCAAGUGGGAUCCUUUGAUGACUAAGAAAUUAGAUGCGAUGGAAGAGUAUGAAAAGAAAUUAAAGGCAGCUGAGGAAGCUGAGAUUUGUCUUAAGCGGCAGAAAAAAGAGCAAAGGAAGGCCAAGAAGUGUGAAAGUGAGGAUCUAAGUCAAGACCGAGUUACUGCAGAGGAAACAGUGGAUGUAGUUUCUGAAUCAGAUGCUGAAAUGAUGGCCAUGAUGGGUUUCGGUGGCUUUGGCGGUUCAAAGAAAUCCUAA